GCUAUUGGACAAGCUACAGGACACUCUUGUGUGUGUUUUGUUGUAUAAACCUCUCUCACCACAAUCUGAGAGCGCAGCUGCUGUUGCGCAGCGUAGCAGAGAGCGCUCUCUGGAGUGAUGUCGAGCCUCGUGCUGCCUGCUGCGCAUUGCCACUGACCGAGCGCCUUCUCUAGUUGCCUUGCUGCUGCUGGUAGCGGAAUGUUGUCGCUCUCUUACAACGUUGGUUUCCAUAUGACAGUGCGACACUUCCCUUCCCUGGCCCGAGAGGACACCGUGUCAUUACCAUGAGUUGUUUGGAUGUUAUGUACCCAGCCUAUGGACAUUACGCACCGUACGCUCCAGCCGCCCCCGCGUUCAUCAACAGCUUCCAGGCACCCAUUGGUCUGAGGAGCCCCUCUCCUCGCCGUAGAGACUUCAUGAUGGAGAGCGCGGAGAUGACAAGGUGUCCGGAGGGGGUAUCGGCGGGCACCAGCACGGGCCCUGGCUCUUCCUCCUCCGCCUCUUCCUCAUCCUCAUAUCCCCGUGCCACUCGACCAGAGGAGUGCCAUAAGGAGAAACAGGAAGUGCCCGAGGCUGAGUACCUGACGUCUCGUUGUGUCCUCUUCACGUACUACCAAGGGGACAUCAGCAGUGUGGUAGACGAACACUUCUCCAGGGCACUCAGCUCCUACAUGGAGGGAGAGGGCAAGAGGAGGGCAUCGGAUCUGGGCACAGAUACCCCUUCACCCAGUAGUCGCCGAAGCUUCCCCCCCUCCUUCUGGGACAGCAACUACUCCUCCGCCCAAAGUCGCUCCCACUGCGAACCCGGAAUGCCCACCUAUUCCAUGGACCCCUACGCUUCCGGACUCCGCCCGGGCAUUCCGCACCCUCACGCCCAUCCUCACAGUCACCCCCACUCGCACCUCCACCCAACAGAGGGAUGGGGCUACACCCCGAGCCAGGCCUACGGGCCCUCCAGGCCCCUCCACGAACUCUACACUCCUGGUGGCCUGGAGCCCCACCACCCCUACAGCCCCUUGCUUAUGCCCACCGUGCGGCCCCACCACCUGGGCUCCCUCCCCGUGCACCACCCCUAUGACGUCACCAAGCUGGACCCCACCGCGCCCUGGCCGGGCCUGCUGCCCCCCGGAGAGAUGGCCCUCAACAUGGACGCAGGCCUCCAGCAUCACAAGAAAGGGAAGGACCUGUACUGGUUUUAACAACCCUCCUCCUUUGCCAUCGACCAGCCAUUACCGGAUCCAAUUAGGACGUCUGGACCUGUACCAUUGAAGCGCCCCCUCCUCGCCGUUCCCUCAUCCCCCUUUAUCACUCACCCACCACCACCCUCGUCCCCCCUCAUUUGCCCUCGCCUCCCCCCAGGCCCACAGUGCCAGCGCAGCCGAGAGGCUCCAGGUUGGCAUGUGUGUACCGUGGAGAUAAAGACUCAGAGGCUGGGCUUAUGGAGAGCAGAGCAGAGAGAGAAGAUGUACAGCCUUGGAGACCACUGUUCUGUGUUCUGUGAUGACUGGCCUAUCCCUCUCCUCUCCUAUCCCUGCUCGGGGCUCAUCUGUGUGGUGUAGCAGCACAGAGACCAUUGGAGGCCACUAGCAAUGUGCUAACAACAGUGUCCUGGUUUGGAUAGAGAGGCAGAGAGGGACAGGCUCAUAAGAAACUUCCUUUGGACACAGGGGAAGUGCAAACAAAGACGGAUGAGAUGAAAUGGUAUUUAUCACAUGCUUCGUAAACAGGUGUAGACUAACAUUGAAGUGCUUAAACCGGUCGCCCAAUCUUUCACUACACCCCUCCCUACUGCAGGUUCUCUUCUCUGUGUUGACACUGCACUCGUCAUCUAUAUUAUCUGGGCAGUUAUCUGCAUUUCGUCAAAUGGACAUGCGAUGAUUGGACUGGCUGUGAAUGGUUUUUGGAUUGUGACUGUAAUCAUAAUGUUUAUUUUCUUUAUUUUUUUCUAUUUAUUUGUGUUUUAAUAUCCAUUUCUGAAAUGAAAUCUUCAUUUGGCCAGUGCUCUGGAAAUACUCUGGUUGUGGUUUAUUAAAAGCUGGUUGAGAAGUUCUUGAAGAAUGAUUGCGAGAGGCUAUAAAAGGUGUUUGACAGUAUUUGUUGAUCUAUGAACUAACCUUUUAGUUUGAGGAAAGGAAACACUACAAUGUAUGUCAAUGAUCAGCAUAGUUAAUAAUACGCAUUUUAUAAGCUGUUGAUCAAGUAUUGAUCAGACACCACAUUUGCUUUUAAUAAUUUGAAUGUGUUCCAUUGAUGUUCCUUUCGUUAUACAUGUGACUUGUAGCCGUUUUAAAAAUGUGGACCUUAGAAGUGUUAUUCAGGGCGUGCAUUCUCUUGCU